GGCGUGAUCGCCUGGCACCGCCCUGCGGGAGCUCGGGGUCGCGCUAAUGGCCGCGCGCGGGCCGCGCUGAGGCGGACGGACAGGCGGACGCCGGCGGACAGAGCAGCGGCCACUCCGCCGCGCCGACCGCCAUGCGCCGCGGGGCCGACCCCCGGCGCCGCUGACCGCCUCCCUCGCCGCCAUGGCCGGCCGGGCGGCCGCGCCGGGCGCCGCGCUGCUGCUGGUCACCGCCAACGUGGGCUCGCUCUUCGACGACCUCAGCUGCCGGGGGAUUCCGAUGGAGACGCUGCCCAUUCAGCCUGGUUCCCAGGACAAAUGAGGGUCUCCGGGCUGUGACCACGAGGUUUAUUUCCCUGAGGUGUGCACAGCCAUGACCCAGAAAGCCUCCUCACCUGCACCCUGCACCCCUGCAUCCCUGCACCCUGCAUCCCUGCACCCUGCACCCCUGCACCCCUGCACCUGGAGCACGGCUGGUGAGGUGGAGCCCAGCCUACCGUGUGGACAGAAGAGCCAGAAAACCUGCAGAACAACUGGCUCCAUGAGUUCUACCAGGUCGUGCAUGCCCACACUCCCCACUUCAUGGCCCUGCACUGCCAGGAGUUCGGUGGGAAGAACUAUGAGGCCUCCAUGGCCCAUGUGGACAAGUUCGUCAAAGAGCUGCUGUCCAGCGACGCCAUGAAGGAGUACAACCGGGCGCGCGUCUACCUGGACGAGAACUACCGCUCCCAGGAGCACUUCACGGCACUCGGAAGUUUCUAUUUCCUCCACGAAUCCUUGAAGAACAUCUACCAGUUUGACUUUCAAGCCAAGAAGUACAGGAAGGUGACGGGCAAGGAGAUCUACUCAGACACGCUGGAGAGCACGCCCAUGCUGGAGAAGGAGAAGUUCCCACAGCACUACUUCCCUGAGUGCAAGUGGUCUCGCAAAGGCUUCCUCCGGACGCGCUGGUGCAUUGCUGACUGUGCCUUCGACCUGGUCAACAUCCACCUCUUUCACGACGCGUCCAACCUGGUGGCCUGGGAGAGCAGCCCGUCCCUGUACUCGGGCAUCCGGCACAAGGCGCUGGGCUACGUGCUGGACAGGAUCAUGGACCAGCGGUUCGAGAAGGUGGCCUACUUCGUCUUCGGGGACUUCAACUUCCGACUGGAUGCCAAGUCGGUGGUGGAGACGCUUUGCACCAAGGCCACCAUGCAGACCGUGAGGGCCGCAGAUUCCAGCGAGGUGGUGAAGCUCAUCUUCCGUGAGGCGGACAAUGACCACAAAGUCCUGCUCCAGCUGGAGAAGAAGCUGUUCGACUACAUCAACCAGGAGGUGUUCCAUGACAACAACGGCACCGCGCUGCUGGAGUUCGACAAGGAGCUGGCCAUGUUCAGGGACCAGCUGCAGGAGCUGGACAUCAACUUUCCACCCAGCUACCCAUACAGUGAGGACCGCAGCCGGGGCCGCCAGUACAUGAACACCCGCUGCCCCGCCUGGUGCGACCGCGUACUCAUGUCGCCGGCCGCCAAGGAGUUGGUCCUGAGGGCGGAGAGUGAAGGCGAGCUGGCUACCUAUGACCACAUCGGGCCCGACGUCUGCAUGGGAGACCACAAGCCCGUGUUCCUGGCCUUCCACUUGGCGCCCGGGGCAGUCCGAGGAGCCGCCACAGAGGGACCCAGGGACAGACAGACAGACGGACAGACGCUGCUCCACCGCGUGGUGCUUGGAGUUUGCCUGGGUGGCCCCCAGCCAUUCUGCCCGUCCUCGUCACUGCCCGCGGUGCCGACCCUCCGGUCACUCCCCACGGCACGGCACGGAAGCCUCGCAGCUGGCACCGCAGUCCCCUCCGCUUCAGAACACUAAGUGCGGGUGCGAGCCGCGGCAGCCCGCGGAGAAAGCACUACCCACUACCCGAGGCAGCCUAGCCGGGCGCCUGCGUCACCGCUGUCCGGCCACAUGCUUAGCGGUCACUUCGGAGACCUUUAGGAGUGACCAGUUUGGUUCCUGAGCAAUAAAGUCGACCCAGUGGACACA